AUUAAUAAUCGAGGAGAAUGUUCCAGUGUAUGUUUCUAUAAAUGCGAUAAAUCAAGAUCCCAAAUAUUUUUCCAAUCCGCAAGACUUUAUUCCAUCGAGAACAGAAAUGAAGGACAAAAAAAAGUUUUACGAAUCCUUGGCAUUCGGUAUUGGACCCCGAUCAUGUAUAGCACAGAGAUUUGCCUUAUUAAUUAUAAAAGUGGCGAUAAUUAUGAUCAUCUCGAAUUACACUAUAUCUUACAAAACAAAUAAGAAACAUGACUACAACACUAUUCACGUAUUCACAUAUCCGCUAGAUGGCCUGUAUGUUAAAUUCAAGAAACGUAAUUAGGCAUUUACUUCAAAUUAACACAGCGUAUUUUACUUAAUUUUAUUUCCAUAAUAAAGUUAAACUCGUGCGUCAUA